GAGUGCACCGCUCUACGACAACAUGGCAAAAAUGUGCGUAUGGUGUUGCGCAUGCUAAAGUAGGACACCUUCAAGAAGUGUGGUGCUCGGACGUUAUGGAGGAGAAACCGAUGUCUUACGAACGAGUUGUAUACAAAAACACCUCUACGUACCACUACUUGAAGAUCUACCUAGAUUUUGAAAAUCGUAGCAAAACCCUGAGUCCAGAACAGUUUAAGCAGUUUAUCAUCUCUGGAGUUAAAGACCUAUACGGAGAGGUUGGAGCUGCUUUACCAUUUGAUUUGCUGACAUUCGAUCAGCACGCGUUAUCAGCUGUACUGCGUGUGUAUAACAGGGGUCUGGUGAAAUUGUGGACUGCACUAACACUGAUUGGAGCAUAUGAAAACAAACCAUGUGCUUUUAGAGUCACGCAGGUCUCGCCAUUUUUGUUAGCCUUAUCGGGAAACAGUCGUGACAUGGAGCUGUAUUAGAAUCCAUGUGAAAAUGGCCUUCAUUCUCAGAAGAACCCUGUUUGGGAAAAGUGUGCAGCAUGUUCUGAGCACAGCAAUAUUUG